AUGGAAGCCGCUAUCCGCUGGUCGCCUCAUGCUCACCAGCAGUCGCCGCAUUUCAUUAUCGUAGACGUCGCGGGGAACCGCCUUCGUCUGUGUGAGGUUGACAAUGUGGACAAGAACACGGUCCGCUGGAAGCAGCUGGCUGCCCGCGACAAACUGCCCAACUUCACCGCCUUCGAUUGGUCCAAAACCCAUGAGCACUAUGUGGCCAUAGGCUCCGCCUCUGGAGAAGCAAGUCUGCUGGAGAUCGAUGCCGGCCGUCCCAACUCCGACUUUACCCAGUCUUUCCCCAUCAAGCAUCAGCGCAAAUGCAACUCCAUCGCCUUCAGUACCGGCAACCUGCUGGCCACCGGCCUUGAUAGAGUCCGCAAUGACUUUUGCAUGAACAUAUAUGACCUAAAUCUCGGCUCCUACACCGCCCAGCAGGAACCCUACAAGAAGCUUGCUAGCUCAGAAGCCAUCACGAGUAUCAAGUUCUUCCCCGGCCAUCCACAGACCCUUGUUGCCGGUGUGUCGCGCCAGUGCAUUCGCAUCUAUGACCUCCGUGACUCCGCCCCUGUCAGCGCUGCCCAAUACGGGACCCGCCAGGUGCACAAUCUGGCCAUUGAUCCCUUGGACGAGAACUACAUCAUUUCCGCAGGUCCUACCGGGGACCCGACGGUCAGCGUGUGGGAUCGCCGCUUUGCUUCUCGGCCGGGUCCCACCACUCCCUCAUCCGAAGCUCCUGCUGGUGCCGUGCUCGAGCUGAGGCCCGCUGUAGACAACACCCACGGUGCCGCCAUCUGGGGUCUUCGCUUUAGUGGUACUAAACGCGGGUGUUUCGGUGCUAUCUCAAAUACCGGCGAGCUCAAGGUCGUCGAGAUAGCCCAGUUCGAGUGCAAGGAUCAGGUGCCCGGCUCAUCGGGCAAUUCCUCUCGAUACCAGCACUUCACCAAGUACAGCCACACUCUCCAUUACCCAUGGUACGAUCCAGUGUAUGGCCAGGACGAGUCGACUCGGUCCAUGGCGUUCGAUUUCAUGGCCGAAGGAUCUCCCGUCGGGGCGCACAGCACCAUCAACCUACAGUACAACCGCGAGAUUAAGGUCACCAAGAUCCCCACACAAGCUCCAACCGUCCGCUUCACCGCCUUGGACGAAAUAUACUGUGACCAGAUGGCCGUUGCGGAACCCACGCCGCCCGAUGGACCCAUCUCUGAAGAUCUCGAGAGGUUACAAGUUCGCGUCAUCGAUGAGAGGAGGCCUUCACAAGGUGCAUUCAAGUCCAACACGAUCGGUGCCUUUCCUCGGAUCGAGAAGCUGAGCAUGGAGAACUUCGGCCACAAAGCCCCUGACCGCGCAAAAGCAACGAUAAGCCGCGAGCGUCACGAGCAGUUGCUGACUCUAGGGUUCCCCGAUGUGCAUAUGGGCAUUGGUGAUACUUUGAAAGCUCUCGGUGUUGCAAAGAGGCGGGCAAAAGAGGGCUACUGCCUGGACUGUAAGAAGAACAAGCAGAUUCUCUCUAAUGACCCAUGGCUCGUAGGUCUUUGGGAACUCGUGCAGCGGCUCGAUGAUCUGGCCAAGGACGGCGGCAUGAUCGCUGAUGGAGUUGAUCUGAGCUACCUGGGCGUUGCGUACAUUUGGGAGAACAGCCUUGGAGGGAAGCAAAACGGGUAUCGGCUCAUUGGAAGACCAUCGGUGUCGCCGCCGGACUUCCGCAAUGUGAUCCGUGAGAUCGUACAAGAGAAGGAGUAUCCACCCUUUCAAGGCGUCAAGACCCAGCGCCCUGAACACCGGCAGCUCUGCUUGGCCAUCUGCGGAUGGACUUUCUCUGCCCAGAGGAUCCGAGAAAACUGCAAGGCUCUCAUCGAGCAAGGCCAGUACUACAAAGCCAUCGUUCUUGCGGUGUUCAAAGGCCACAAGGACAUAGCGCUUGACUUCCUCAAGCAGCUCGUCCGUCAGCGAUUGCUCCAGAACAUCGGGCUAGGUGCCGUCAUCGCCUGUGACACGGUGAACAAGGACCAGCGCGAGCUCUGUGAAUGGAUGGCCGAAGAAACGGAAGAUCCGUACCUCAAAGCGCUCCUCCAAUAUUUCAUCACAGGCAACUGGGAAGCCGUCACCAAAGUCGAAGAGCUCUCGCUCGUCGACCGCGUCGGAGUCGCCCUCAAAUACCUCGACGACGACCAGCUGACGCAAUUCAUCAAGCUCGUCUCGCACGGCGCGCGCGUCUACGGCGACAUCGAAGGGCUCGUCUUCACGGGGCUGGGCGAGCGCGCCAUGGACCUGCUCGAGCAGUACAUCGCCAAGUUCGGCGACGUGCAGACGGCGGUGCUCGUCAUGGCGCGCACGAACCCCCUGUACGUCAGCGACGCGCGCUGGGACUACUGGACGGAAACCUACUUCCUGCAGCUGCAGACGUGGCGCUGCUUCAUCGAGCGCACCCGCUUCAUCGUCGCCCACAACAAGGUCGCCACCACCCGCGACGGCGCCUGCCUCAACAAACCUUUCCCCCGCCAGAUCACCAUCCGCUGCAUGCACUGUCAGCUCGCCCUCGCCCGCCGCGGCGACCAGCUCGUGCCCCUCCCCUCGUCGUCCGGCGAGCAGAACAACGGCACUGCCGCCGCCGCCGGCACCCAAGCUGCGAUACCGCCUACAGCUAACACCACCGUCGCGGCUGCCGCGGCGGCCGCAGCUAUCACCGGCAAGCCUGCCAAGCCCGCGAGCAAACCGCUCAACUACAGCGGGAAUUCGCCAAGCCACAACUCGGGCCUGGUGUGUCCGCGGUGCGGGCGCCGCAUGCCGCGUUGCGGUAUCUGCAUGAUGUGGCUGGGCAGCCCGGACCCGGCGACGGUGGGCGGCGCUGAGAGCUUGAAGGAUGAGGACCAUGAGGCAAGGCAGAUGGUGUUUUGCAUGACGUCAUAA